GGGAGGCGCAAGAUGGCGGUGCUCGGGCCGCGCGCGUGUGUUCCCGGCGGCGGGAUGGGGCGGACGGUGCUGGUGCGGGGGCUGCCCCCCUCGGCCCGCGCCGCCGACCUGGAGCGGGAGUUCGGGCAGGCGGGGCCGGUGCGGCGGGCGGUGGCCGUGACGGCGCCCGGCGGCGAGGCGUGCACCGGGCUGGGCUUCGUCAGCUUCUCCCUGCCGGAGGACGCGCAGCGGGCCUUGCGCGAGAUCCGCGCCUUCGACGGCCGCCGGGUCAGCCUGGCGCUGGCGCGGCCCAAGAGGCGGAGGGCGGGCGGAGGCGGCGGCGGCUGCCGGGUGAUGCGGGAGCUGAAGGGGCGGGGCCAGUCCCUGGGCUACGCCUUCGUGGAGUUCCAGCAGCCCCAGCACGCCCUGCUUGCCCUGCGCCAGGUCAACAACAACCCCCGGCUCUUUGGGGACCAGAAGCGGCCCAUUGUGGAGUUCUCCCUGGAGGACGGGCGGAAGCUGAGGCUGAAGGAGCAGCGUGCGGAACGCAGCCUGCAAAAGCUGAGGCAGAAGCAGGCAGCCGCCGGGCCAGCCAGUCAGGCGCCAUCGCCCGGCCCUGGCCAGCCAGGGGCCCCUCAGAAGCCCCCCAAGGGCUUGAAGAAGGCCCUGGGGUCCCAAGGGAAGGCCGGGGGUCCCAGCGGCCCUCAGGCUCCCCCAGAGCCCCGUGGACAGAAGAGAAGGAAGCGGCCUGGGCCCUGGCCAAGCCCCAAGGCCACUGAAGGAGCCGCCUCCUGGUCAGGCUUCCAGACCCGGCAGGAGCAGGAGACGGUGGAGCUGCCGGACGGCACGAAGCGGCGGAGGGUCCUGGCCCUCCCCUCCCACCGGGGGCCCAAGAUCAGGAAUCGUGACAAGGGCAAAGCGCAGGGGGCCCCUCCCGAGCGGGGGAGGAGGAGGAAGAAGGCUGGGCCCAGAGAGCGGAAGGCGCCCGGAGCUGCCCCCCAGGGCCCCCCAAAGAAGCAGGCUGGACACGGCCGGGCGGAGGUUCACUUCGAGCAGCUGGUGGAGCGGUACAAGCAGCGGAUUCUGGGCGCUGGCAAGGCCGCCCGGCAGCUCAAGAGGAGCAAGUGGUUCGAGGACUGAGUCACCCCUCCCCAGGGAAGAGAGCCCCCCACCCCCGGGAGAGGAGGAGGAGGAGGCUCACCCAGGGCCCGGUUCCCCCCGCACUGUGUGGGCGGGCAGGACGCAGGACACGGAGGGCAGGCAGGCAGGGUGGAGAGCCCACCCCCCGGGGCCCUAGCGGUGCUGGGGUCUCUGCUGGCCUUGGGCCUCUGGCGGAGCAAGGCAGCCGGGUGGGCUGGGCCAGGCCAUGCAGGCCGUGAGGAGGGGCGCUCGGCCCCAAGGGUGCCAAAGGGUGUCCCGGCAACGCAGCCUGGCAGGAGGUGCGCAGGAGGAGGGCUGCGGCUGCGGCUGCGGAGGAGGGGGAGGCUCCGGGGAUGGAGCGCCCAUCGCUUCCUUGGCAUCUUGGAAUAAAUGACUUUC